AUGACGUCGAGCACAACCCCACCCGUUACCGACAGUUCAACAUCACAAACACCAUCAACAUCAGCAGUACUCACUUCAAUACCGCGACCUUCGUCACCAGCCGGGAGCUACUAUGCGAUGAGCGACGACGAGGAAGGCGAUUACAACACCAUCACUCACGCCUCUUCGGGGAGAGGCGUGAAACUCCUAUACACCAAGAGCAAGGUCUACAUCCACCCGACGCCAUCAGCAAAAGACAACAUCCCCGGCUAUAUCGCUCUCCUCCAACAACGACACCAACACCGCGAUGACCGCCCCUCUUCCCGGGACUCGUCGUCCACCCCGGCAUCCUCGGACCUCCUCCUCGCCUGGGUCCCCGAAUCCCAACUAGGCGAAGCAGCCAACCUCUACGUCAAAGUCGAUCUCUGUGAUGGCGACUCGCCUCCCAAACAAUCCUACCUCGUCCCGCCUCCACCGACCGUAACCACCCACCGCGGCUCCGUCGGCCCUUAUGCCUUUGCCAUCCCCGUCAGCGCCGUUUACAGCUUACUGAUCCGCCCGCCGAGCGUCGGGUGGUGGUGGGGCAGCAUCAUCAUCAACAGUCGGGCCGGCGACUCGUUUCCGGCGCUGUUUUUCCACGAUAGCGAGUGCCAGAGCACGAUCCUGCAGAAGAAGAAGCGGACGGCCGACACUUUCGACCCCUUCGGCGACGCGGGGCAGAUGUUUUGGGGAGGAGACGAAGUACUGCGGUGGUUGAAGCGGUACGUGCAGGUUGAGCGGAGCGGGGCGGAGCCGAACAUUUAUCUUGUUGAGCCUAGCAGGGAGGACAGUGUUGCUUUUGGGGGGAAGCCCACUACCUCCCAACAACAACAAGCUGGGUCUUCGUCUCGUGGUCCCGGUGGUGGUCCCGGUGCGAGGGGAGAGGCAGGCAUGGACCCGUUUGUCAAGCUGAUCAAGGAAGCCGGCUGGAAUCUGAUGGAGAAGUUCAGCAAGGUGACUACAUUCACAAGGCAGGCGGCCAACGAUGUCUUGGACAACCCGCGCGUGCCGCCACAGAUGAGGAGGCUGCUGCGCAACCCGGAGGUGCAGACGCUGCAGGACGAGUUCGACAGCGCGAGGAUUUACCUGGCCCGCUGGGCGAUGGGUAUCGCAGAGCAGAGCGAUAGGGACCGCAGCAGGAGGACGUGGACGGCGCGGGACGUCAUGGAGUUGGAGGAUACGGAUGUGGGCGAGUUUGAGCUGGUUGAUGGGGCGAAUAGCUUGUCCCUGGAGGAGAGGAGGAGGGUGCUUACGCUGAAGGAGUGGAAGGGGUUCUUUGAUGAGAGGACGGGGAGGUUGAGUGUUACUGUCGAUGAGGUUAAGGAGAGAAUCUUCCAUGGCGGGCUUGAUCCUGAGGAUGGGGUGCGCAAGGAGGCGUGGCUGUUCUUGCUUGGGGUUUAUGAUUGGUAUAGCACGGCGGACGAGCGCAAAGCCCAGGCGGCGUCGUUGAGAGACGCUUACAUCAAGCUCAAGGGCGGGUGGUGGGAGCGGCAGGUUGAUUUGGGCGGAGAGGGUGAAGAGGGCGAGUGGUGGAGGGAGCAGCGAAACAGGAUCGAGAAGGAUGUUCACCGAACAGACCGAAACGUCCCCAUCUUCGCCGGUGAAGACAUCCCCCACCCUGACCCUGAUUCACCUUUUGCCUCCACCGGCACCAACGUCCACAUGGAGCAACUCAAGGACAUGCUCCUCACCUACAACGAGUACAACAAGGGCUUAGGCUACGUCCAGGGCAUGUCGGACCUGCUCGCCCCCAUCUACGCCGUCCUGCAAGACGACGCCCUGGCUUUCUGGGCGUUCCAGCACUUCAUGGACCGGAUGGAGCGCAACUUCCUCCGCGACCAAUCCGGCAUGCGGGAACAGCUCCUGGCGCUGGACAACCUGGUCCGGUUCAUGGACCCAAAGCUGUACGCCCACCUGGAGUCGGCCGACAGCACCAACUUUUUCUUCUUCUUCCGCAUGCUGCUGGUAUGGUAUAAGCGCGAGUUCGAGUGGGCGGAUGUGUUGCGCCUGUGGGAGGCGUUGUGGACGGAUUACCUGAGCAGCGGGUUCCACUUGUUUAUCGCGCUGGCGAUUCUGGAGAGACAUCGCGAUGUGAUCAUGACGCAUUUGAAGCACUUUGAUGAGGUGCUGAAGUAUGUGAACGAGCUGUCCACAACAAUAGACCUCGAAUCGACCCUCAUCCGCGCCGAAGCCCUCUUCCAGCGUUUCCGUCGUCUGAUCGAAGCCAUCGACAGGAAGGAACACUUCCCCGCUCCCAGGAGGACGUUAUCGACAGUCUCAUCCUCAUCGGCAUCGGCCGCUCUGGCAGAUGCGAAGAGAUCCAGCUCCAAAUCACCCAGUCCUCCGUUGCCGGCAAGGCCUCAGUCGGGGCCUAGGGCGGCGUCUCCCCCCGCAGCAGCAGCUACGACUAAGGUUAAUGAGGGCAAGACUACGGCGGAAGAGGAUAAGGAGGAAAAUGUGGAAAAGAUCGUAACACCGGCUUUGAGAAAGUUGUUGAGUCGGGAGGUGGAGAUCAUACGGGCUCCGGUGAGGGAGGGGGCGGGAUAUCCGACUAGGGAGCGUGCGUAG